GUACCAUUUUUUGGGACUGCGAACCAGAUCUUGUAUUACGCCAGAGACAAAUUUUUUGCGCCUCUGCUUUUUGAACUGAUCCAGACUCCACCAUGGAGCUUUGUGCGGCCUAUAUAUACAUAUCACCUACCUGAAACGCCUCCACGAUCUUUGUGCUGCUGCUGCCUGCCCCCUGCUCGCCAGUAACACUUUGCUACUGCUCCUACUCGGGGCUGCUCCGGAGGGGAAUUUGGUCGAACAGGAUGAAUGCAUUGGCGGCGACCAGCAGGAACUUCAAGCAGGCGGCCAAGCUGCUGGGUCUCGACUCCAAGCUGGAGAAGAGCUUGCUCAUCCCGUUCAGGGAGAUCAAGGUUGAGUGCACGAUUCCGAAAGACGAUGGGACAUUAGCAUCCUAUGUUGGGUUUAGGGUGCAGCAUGACAAUGCCAGGGGCCCUAUGAAGGGUGGAAUCAGAUACCACCAUGAGGUUGAACCUGACGAGGUCAAUGCCUUGGCACAACUAAUGACAUGGAAAACAGCUGUGGCUAAUAUCCCGUAUGGUGGAGCUAAAGGUGGAAUAGGAUGCAGCCCUGGAGACUUGAGCAUAUCGGAGCUUGAAAGGCUCACCCGUGUUUUCACCCAAAAAAUCCAUGACUUGAUUGGCAUCCAUACCGAUGUUCCAGCUCCUGAUAUGGGCACCAACGGACAGACAAUGGCAUGGAUACUGGAUGAGUACUCCAAGUUUCAUGGUUACUCACCUGCUGUGGUGACAGGAAAGCCUGUGGACCUUGGAGGAUCACUGGGAAGAGAUGCAGCUACUGGAAGGGGAGUCCUGUUUGCUACUGAAGCCUUACUUGCAGAGCAUGGCAAGACCGUCGCAGGCCAGCGUUUUGUAAUACAGGGAUUUGGUAAUGUGGGCUCCUGGGCUGCUCAACUGAUCACCGAAGCUGGAGGUAAGGUGAUUGCCAUCAGCGACGUCACAGGAGCCGUCAAGAACAUCAACGGCCUUGAUAUUGCCAAGCUAAUGAAGCACUCAGCGGAGAACCGCGGGAUCAAGGGCUUCCAGGGCGGCGACGCGGUCGACUCGAACUCUCUUCUCACAGAGGAUUGUGACGUCCUCAUCCCUGCAGCAUUGGGUGGAGUCAUAAACAAGGACAACGCUGAUGAUAUCAAAGCAAAGUACAUCAUCGAGGCUGCCAAUCACCCCACAGACCCCGAGGCAGACGAGAUAUUGGCGAAGAAGGGUGUGCUGAUCCUGCCUGACAUCCUGGCCAACUCGGGCGGCGUGACGGUGAGCUACUUCGAGUGGGUGCAGAACAUCCAGGGCUUCAUGUGGGACGAGGAGAAGGUGAACCGUGAGCUCAAGACGUACAUGACCCGCGCCUUCAGGGACACCAAGGAGAUGUGCCACAGCCACCACUGCGACCUCCGCAUGGGCGCCUUCACCCUCGGCGUCAACCGGGUCGCCCGCGCCACCGUCCUCCGCGGGUGGGAGGCAUGAGCUCCGGCGGCCACACUGAUCCCUUCGUGCUCUCUGGUCAUCUCCUGCCUCACCGGUCAAUGGCGAUUCGGUCGAAUUACAGCUCAACGAAAGAACUCAAUAAGUCCGUUUGUUCUGUCAAU